CCGGCGGUCCUGCGCGCUCGGCGGUGGCAUCUCCAUGGGGAUGGCCGGUGCGCUCUAAGGUGGUCGGCCAGCCCUGUGUUCGUCAGCCUUUCCGCUGCAGCACCCAGGGCGCGCGCCGCCUCAGGGGGACUUGGAAUCCCGGAGAGUUGCCUUCGUGAAAAGCUGGCAACAAUUUCUUUCAAUCCCAUCACUUAGUUUCCCAUUGUGUCGCGUACCAGAGGGACAGCAAGAAACCAUGAACAACCUCAGCAAUGCAGAGUUUGACUGCCAUUUCCUCGAUGAAGGCUUUACAGCCAAGGACAUUCUGGACCAAAAAAUCAAUGAAGUCUCCUCUUCCGACGACAAGGACGCCUUCUAUGUCGCGGACCUGGGGGACGUUCUGAAGAAACACCUGAGAUGGCUAAAAGCCCUGCCCCGCGUCACCCCCUUUUACGCGGUGAAGUGCAACGACAGCAGAGCCGUCGUGAAGGCCCUGGCUGCCGUCGGGACGGGGUUUGACUGCGCCAGCAAGACCGAAAUCCAGUUGGUGCAGAGUCUCGGGGUGCCUCCGGAGAGGAUCAUCUAUGCAAAUCCUUGUAAACAAGUGUCUCAGAUUAAGUACGCUGCCAAUAAUGGAGUCCAGAUGAUGACUUUUGACAGUGAAGUUGAGUUGAUGAAAGUUGCCAGAGCUCAUCCAAAGGCAAAGUUGGUUUUGCGGAUUGCGACCGAUGACUCCAAAGCAGUCUGUCGCCUCAGCGUUAAAUUUGGUGCCACGCUCAAAACCAGCAGGCUGCUCUUGGAACGGGCAAGAGAGCUAAAUAUUGAUGUCGUCGGUGUCAGCUUCCACGUGGGAAGUGGCUGUACCGACCCUGAGACCUUCGUGCAGGCCAUCUCCGAUGCCCGCUGUGUCUUUGACAUGGGAGUGGAGGUCGGUUUCAGCAUGUACCUACUCGACAUUGGGGGCGGCUUUCCUGGGUCUGAGGAUGCGAAGCUCAGAUUUGAGGAGAUCACCAGCGUCAUCAACCCCGCGCUGGACAAGUACUUCCCGGUGGACUCGGGCGUGCGGGUCAUAGCUGAGCCCGGCAGAUACUACGUGGCGUCGGCGUUCACGCUCGCGGUGAACAUCAUCGCCAAAAAGCUCGUCGUAAAGGAGCAGACAGGCUCUGAUGAUGAGGAGGAGCCGAGUGAACGGACCUUCAUGUACUACGUGAAUGACGGGGUCUACGGGUCAUUUAACUGCAUCCUUUACGAUCACGCGCACGUGAAGCCCCUGCUGCAGAAGAGACCCAAACCAGAUGAGAAGUAUUAUUCAACCAGCAUCUGGGGACCGACAUGUGACGGCCUUGAUCGCAUCGUUGAGCGCUGUGACUUGCCCGAGAUGCACGUGGGCGAUUGGAUGCUCUUUGAAAACAUGGGUGCUUACACUGUAGCUGCUGCCUCCACUUUCAACGGGUUUCAGAGGCCGACCAUCCACUACGUGAUGUCGGGGCCAACAUGGCAACUGAUGCAGCAGAUCCAGAACCACGACUUCCCGCCCGGGGUGGAGGAGCAGGACGUGAGCACGCUGCCCGUGUCGUGCGCCCAGGAGAGCGGCAUGAAGCGCCCCCCGGCCGCCUGCGCCUCGGCCAGUGUCAACGUGUAGGCGCCCCCACCCCUGGCCGCUGCCGGCCUCGAGUUUAUAGCCUGAAUUAAGGGGUUUGGGGGGACCAUUUAAUUUAAUUACCGCUAGGUUGGAAAUGUCUCUAAGUAGGGUUGGCACGGACACAGCGAUAUGGAAGACUAGGAGAGGGGGUCACUUAUCUGUGUUCCUAUGGAAACUAUUUGAAUAUUUGUUUUAUAUGGAUUUUUAUUCACUUUUCAAACGUGCUACUAAAGCGCGCCCCUCGGCCGCUGAGCAAGCGUUUGUAGCUUGGGCGGCGGCGGGACGGGCCGAAGGCUUAGAGCUGUGACCUGUUACCCAAAUAAAGUAUCUUGAAAUAAU